UGUACGCGUGACAGAGAAACGUUCAGCUCUGCUCUCUGUACGCACGAUCAUCAUGCUGCUAUUCCGGACGUUGGCGCUCUUCCUGGCGCUGAUCCAGGCGUGGCAGGUGCCCGGGCACUGGCUGUGCGAUGGCAUGGCCUGCCCCAGCAACUACUCCGUCUACGCGCAGCAGCGCUCCGGCCUGGACAUCUACGCCUCGGGCAACUGCUUCACGCACAUCAAGCGCCAGUCCGGCGUAAAAAGAUCGGCAUGCAUGAACAUGUGCAUGCGGGUGGGAUGUGUGCACGCCAUCACAGGGAACGAUGGGUGCGUGUUGCUGGGUUCGGGUGUGUUGCCCCCCUACAACACGGGGCUGUACCGUCAGCUGGCAGGUGGCCAGGGCCUGCUGGUCGAGGUUGCCAGAGGGAAGCCUGUGACUGCGUCGUCAGUGGCCAUUUCUACAGGGGCUUUCAAUUGGGAACCAGAAAACGCCAAUGACGGCAUCUCCAACAACGUGUUGCACUUCUUCCACUCCGGCUCUGACAUGUACCCGUACCUCUUGAUUGACCUCCUGAAGCCCUACGCCGUGGUGAGCGUGUCGCUGCUGCCGCGCAUCGAGAUUGGAGAUGGUGUGACACUCAUCCAACGAGCACACAACAUUACCCUGUACGUGGGCAACACGGAGGUCACUGAUGGCGUCUUCGCAGGCGUUUACGAGCAGUUCGCCUUCAUCGCAGAGCCCGUGCUGGACCAGGCCACCAACAUACCGGACUGGAAUCACAUAACCCCAACCACUCCGCUGUGCGGCAGGUACUUCGUCGUCAAGAAGGAACAGGGAGGAGUGUACCAUAAUCUGGAGAUCACUGAGGUGCAGGUCUACACACGCGACCCAUGAAGUGAAGGCUCAUACAGGCACAAUCUCUGAAAGAAAAGCCUCUCGAAGAGGAUACAUGCUGAGUUUAAUUAGAGGAGGAUGGAGCCGAAGAAGGGUGAAUGUCAUCCUAUAAAGAAUGAUGUAAACUUACAUAAUUCAAUAGGCAAUCGCUUUCUCUUAUAGAAUUAUAUUCGUCAAACGGGGCAGCUUUAUAGAUUGAAUUCUGUCCUAGGACACUGGAUACGCAAACCCAUCUGGUUUGUUAGCUUUUUCGAAGUAACUAGCUCUCCCUAUAAACCUGCUAUACACCAAAUUAAAUUUGCCUGAUAAGCAUAAUUGCAGUAGAAUUCAACUCUCUGAUCAGAGUCUGAUUAACUAGCUUCAUUAAGCUUCAUUAGAUGCAAUCGUGAAAAUAAUUUAUGAAGUGUCGUGUAAAAAAUAAUUGAUGUUAUAUCGCAGUUUACGAGUUCUCCGGCACCAGAAUCAGUAGAGCACACACAGGAGAGACGGUUGGACUAAAAAAUCGUAUCGUGGAUUAUAUUUAGGAAAUAAAUUGAUGAAAUAAAGAAAUAAAUUAUUGCCUUGCAGCACCUGAUGGUUAAGGAAUAAAUAUUAUUUAAACUCUUUAGCAUCUGAACUGAAAUAAAAUCAUUAUGGUUUAAGUGGACCAGCAACGUCUCUACCCAGUAAUCAGCUCCUGAGGUCACUUAACACGAGCUCAAACAAAGACAGCCACUAUAAUAUGGAACAGUUUACUCAGUUUCCAAGUCUCAGAGAUUGGUUGAGUUUUGCUGCCGAACUCGUUAAGGUUAAGCUAUGCAGGGCUGCACGCGAUAGCAAUAUACCGGCUCAUACGUGGUCUCGAGUGUCAGAGGCUUUUAGUGGGCUUUCAGGUCAAAUCAAUGAGAAUGUUCUAGAAUUAAUGCAUAAGUUCAGUGUGGUAUAAUGGACGCAUAAAACGUAUCGCUAUUAACUUAACUUCACUUCUUCUACGAUGGUUGUCAGUCUUGAAUUGUUAGCGCAGGGGAGCACACGGACACAUGAUUUGUUGUCAGCACUCAUGGUGUGAAGUAGUUUGUAAGUUUCGUGUUUCUGUCGCUUGAGUAGCUUUCUACACGAAUUCGUUAUUUCAGCAUAAUUGAAACCAGUCUUAUGUAAAACUGAGCAAAAACUCGGCUCAGGAUCCAUAGAGGUUGGUCGCAGUGAAGAGAGACUGAACUGUAAAGCGAGUCGUCUCCCAGAGAUCGAGUAUAUAAAAAGUACGUGACUUCAUCAGAUCAUCUCAUAUCUUCAAUUUGUGACAGUUUACGUGGGUGGUUGGUUAACUUUGCACAGUUUUUUGUCGCCGACUUAGUUACAGUUUCAUUAUGCCUGCAUAUAACGUGCAUUUGGACUGGAAGCUCUGCAUUAUCUACUUAUAAUAAAUUUCAGUGCAAUA